UACACAUUCCCGCGCCAGAACCUGAAGCGCCGCUUGACGCAGCCCGGCAAGGUCCCUCUGGUCCUUGUCGCCUGCGGCAGUUUCUCGCCCGUGACGACGCUACACUUGCAAAUGUUUGAAUUGGCAGAAAAGUACGUAAAGCAGCGCGAUCCCGGCUUCGAAAUCGUCGGCAACUACAUGUCGCCCUGCUCCGAUGCGUAUCAGAAGGCAUCAUUAGCGCCGGCCCAUCACCGGAUUCAGAUGUGUAGCCUGGCUGUCGAUACAGACUCCAAGGCCACCAUCACAAUCGACCCGUGGGAGACGGUGCGCACUGAUGACUCAGGCAAGCCUCUCUACAGCCCGACGGUCGACGUCCUCCGUCACUUCGAUCACGAGAUAAACAAUGUGCUGGGAGGCAUUGAGACAGUGGACGGCAGGUUCACGUCGGCACGGAUCAUGCUGUUGAUCGGCGCCGACCUCGCCGCCACAAUGUCAGACCCCAAGAUCUGGGAUCCCGCUGACAUUGAUGUAUUACUGGGUCAUUACGGAGCUUUUGUUGUUGAGAGGCCCGCUCAGUGCAACAUUGAGGAUGCGAUAAGGCCCCUCGAGAAAUACAAGCACAACAUAUGGGUGGUUCCGACGAUUCUCAACGAAGUAUCGUCAACACGUGUCCGUGCUCAGAUACAAAACGGAGAAAGAGUCGAAGACAUCCCCGACUCAGUCUACAAAUACAUCAGACUGCAUCGCUUAUACCAGAAAGAG